AUGGCCACCGUGGAUCGUCGCUUCUGCGCCCUCUGCAACUCGUCCAUCGGUGAGGAGGCGGUCGUCGCGAUGAAUCGGCUGUGGCAUCCGGACCAUUUCGCGUGCCACCAGUGCAAGCGCCCCAUCAAGCAGACGUUCCAGGCGGCCGAGAAUCACGCUUACUGCGUGCAGUGCUUCGCCCAGAAGUACAACCCUAAGUGUGCCGGCUGCAAGACGACCUUGGUGGACACUUGCCUGAUCGCGCUCGACCACCACUGGCACCCGUCGUGCUUCACCUGCACGUCGUGCAGCCGCCCUCUGCCCAAUGGAGAGUACUACUUGGUUGACGACAAGCCCUACGACCUCGACUGCCACUGGGCCAAGCGGCUUGAGAAGCGUGAGCACCAGGAGCGUGAUGGUGUCGUCCCGAACGGGCCGAACUGCCGCCAGAAGCCCUAU